AUGGCCUUUGUCCCAUUUUUCCCCGGCUCGCCGCGCUGGCUGAUCAUGAAGGAACGCAAUGAGGAGGCGCUCGAAGUCAUACAGAGGCUGGGCGGAAACUCCCAGACCGAGGACGAGAACCGAGCCGUACACGAAGAGAUCCGAGCGAGCGUACAACAUGAAACAACACGCCAAAUCAUUCUUAGCGCAGGCACCCAGCUCAUGCAGCAAUGGAGUGGUAUAAACGCGCUCUUCUAUUACCUGCCUGUUGUUUUCGCCUCACUAGGUGUUGGGCGUAACCUGUCUCUCAUCUUGUCUUUAUGCAACGCCAUGGACAUGACCGUUUCUACCGUCCUCGGUGCCUUGUGGAUCGAAGGGGUGGGAAGGAAGAAGCUCAUGGUCUGGGGCGCCGUGGGGCAGUCAAUCUGCUUCUGCUUCAUCAGCAUCGGGCUUAGUCUGGGUGGCAGCAGAUGGGAGGCGGUUGCAGUUGCCUUUGUCUUUGGAUAUAGCACCGUUUUUGCCUUGACCUGGAUCGCCGUCCCCUGGAUGUACCCAGCUGAAGUCAACACACAACGCAUGAGAAUUGCUGGCGCAGGUGUCGCAACGGCCACAAAUUGGAUCAACAACUACGCGGUUGUUCUAGUGACGCCUUACCUCAUCUAUGCUGUUCUCAACACUGCCUUUGCAAUUAUUUGCAAGGUCUUUUACGUGGAGACUGCGCGGUUGAGCCUGGAGCAGAUCGACAGCAUCUUCGACCGGAGCGCACCCAUCAAAAGCAUUGAAGGAACUGGCGUUGUUACUGACAACGAGAAAGCCACGAGCGAAGCUCUUCCGUCUGUCAUGCAUGUUCCCAAAGGGGAUUCCAAGCAUGGUUCUAACUGA